AUGUACCUUCCUCCAGGAGCGGUUCUAUCUGAUGACUCUUGUCAGUUCACCCUAGCCAUCCUUACAGACAAUCCCGGUAUUUAUGUCACUGAAGGUGAAUCAGUGAUCUGCUAUGGGAUCAGGUGUGACCCUCAUACCUUGAUCUUCAACCAGCCUGUUAAGAUCAAUAUACCACAUUCUUUAUUGGUCGUAAAUCCAGAGCAGGUGAAACCAGACAUCGUUUGUCGUGUGUGGGACUCAAUCACGAAUCUUCCAAGAACUUUAAGGAAGCAAUCAUCCAGCUCACCAGACACACCACCAUACUGCAGACUGUACAAAAAACAUCUUGAGCUGUACAUUGACCACUGUGCUGAGUGGUGGGUUCUGAUUCCUCUUGAACAACAGGUGAUCCGACAGCGGCUAAUGUGUACUCCAUACGUCCCAGACAGGAUCGAAAGAGGACAAGAAUUUGCAGUUAAUCUUCAGUUUCGUAACGACCUACCUGGAAACGAAGCGGCAACACAAGGGGAGUCGAGACAACAAUCUUACCAUAGAUGUCAUCGCUCGGUCCCUUUCAAUGUUGAAACAAAGGGUGGUGACGUCACAAUCACGUGCCAUCGUGAAGGAGGAGAAAUUGAGAGCCAGAUCGUUUCUCUUAGGGACCUUCUAGCCAAGAUAAGCCAAUGUAUAUCGAUAUACGUUUCACCCAGCGAAGACGAUCUAAACUUUGCAGUGAUUACCAUAACACUUACACAGGCUGGAAAGCUUGGGAUUUCGCGAUCUACUGCCUUUGUCAUCAGAUAUACAGGUAGAAUUUCAUAUGGACCUAUGUUCCAAUUUCCUUCCGAACAGACAGACCUCACUAGGAUACUAGAAGAAGUAAAGAACAGUGACCUACAAUCGGACAUAGACAUCCGAACAAUAGCCCAGACAAUGGACGUAAAUCAGUUCUAUGAUUUGGGCAUAGCUCUUGGUUUCACCAUAGCUGAGUUGGAUCGCGUAGAGUACAUGAGAUUCAGAGAUAGGCAGCAAGCUACCUAUGACAUGCUACUGGCAUGGAGGGGGAGACAAUCAUGUAACCAAGCAGCAAAGAAUACUCUCAUCACAAUUAUAGAAUCAUUCAACUCAUCUUCAAAUGAUACAACCUUCCCAGGUUUGAGUUAG